GAAACGAAAAAGUCGUAUUGAAAGUUUUGCCAUUUGUUUAUAAAAUAAGGUUGUCACAAGAAGUGGCUGUUCAACGCAUUCUAAAGUCAUUUACUUUACCAUUGAUCAUCUCGCUCUGUGUGUUUUGUGACUGUGUGUGAAAAAAUGUUGGCGAUCUUCGACAAGAACGUGGCGAAAACCCCCGAGGCUCUACAGGGUCAAGAGGGUGGAUCGGUCUGUGCUCUUAAAGAUGGGUUCUUGCCGAACCAUUUCUCCUCUGUUAACCCUGGCGCUGUCACCAUCAAUCUCGGAUCUUCUGGUUUCAUCGCUUGCUCGCUCGAGAAACAGAACCCUCUCCUUCCCAGAUUGUUUGCUGUGGUGGAUGAUAUGUUCUGCAUCUUCCAAGGACAUAUAGAGAACGUUCCAUUUCUUAAGCAACAAUAUGGACUAACCAAAACAGCCACUGAGGUCACCAUUGUGAUUGAAGCCUACAGAACUCUCAGAGACCGUGGUCCGUAUUCAGCCGACCAAGUUGUUAGAGAUUUUCAAGGGAAAUUCGCGUUUAUGCUCUUCGACUGCUCCACAAAAAAUGUCUUCCUUGCUGGGGAUGCAGAUGGGAGUGUUCCUCUUUUCUGGGGAACCGAUGCUGAAGGCCAUCUCGUAGUUUCUGAUGAUGUUGAGACUGUGAAGAAGGGUUGUGGUAAAUCCUUUGCGCCAUUCCCUAAAGGGUGUUUCUUUACCUCAUCUGGAGGCUUGAGGAGUUAUGAGCAUCCAUUAAAUGAGUUAAAGCCGGUACCAAGGGUAGACAGUUCAGGCGAGGUGUGCGGUGUAACUUUUAAAGUCGAUUCCGAGGCCAAGAAAGAAGGCGUGCCUAGGGUCGGGAGUGUCCAGAAUUGGUCUCAACAAAUCUGAGGCCAAUAUGUUUAUUUGCUGCAACAGGCUUGUUUGUUUUUUUUGCUUAUUGGACUCCUGUGGCUGUGUUCCACAGAAUUGAGAUUUGUUCACUUUACUCUUUUUCAUGAUAUUCUCACUGUAGCCAUUCUAAGGACUAAUGGGUGCUCUUAAUGCUCUGCAUCUGUUACUUGGUAAUAACAAAGCUAAGAAGAAUAAAGCAUUUAUAAACGUUUAAUGA